CAGAAAUCAUGGAAUUCGGCCGGGAUGUGAACUUUGGUUGCUGUUGCUUGUCACCCAAGUGCUCAUCCAUUCUAAUUGGUGGGAUUUGCCUGGUCGUUUGUGCUGUGACAACGGUUCUACUAUGCACUGAACUAGUUGCCUUGGAAUACCUUGAGAAUCUACACAGCGUAACAAAAGUUAAAGCUGAAAUUCUUAAUCUAAUGGUUUUCACCGGGGUGUUGAUAUUUAUCAGCUUGGGAGGAUGUUGUUUGGCAAUAGCACUAUUGUUGGGAGUCUAUAAGGAGAGCACGAGGCUGAUAUUCGCUUGGAUUGUGGGGACCGCCGCUUCCAUCUUGGUCCAGUUUGUGGCAGCACUCGUAGAAGUGCUCGGUCUAGAACAGCCAUUUCGCCUCUACAAAUUUAUAACUAUGCCUUUUAACAUCUAUUUCAUCCUGAUUGUACAUAAUUACUACAGUGAACUGCGUGUGUAUGAAGAUCAUAAACUACUAAAUAAUUUAAAUACUCAACAGGAAGAAUCAAGUUAAUAUAUCUCUAUGAAAACUGAUAGUUUGUGAAACAUCGCACCGACUAUGUUUUUAUAUGUGACAAAUGAAUGAGUCAUUAUCAUACUUAAAAUUAAUUAUGUUUAUUAAAAUACUUGUUUUGCAAUUUUA